AUGCUGACACAGUAUAAACUAUAUGACCGGGUAUCAACUACUGACAAUCACACAGCCACAAUCAAAUAUGUAGGCCAUAUUCCACAAUGGGGCCCUCAAAUACUAGCCUAUGGCUUAGAAUGGGAUGAUUCUAACCGAGGCAAAAACAACGGCAUAUUAAAGGGCGUGCAGUACUUUACUCCGACAAUUGCCAACUCAGCCAGUUUUAUCAAAUCAACCAACAAGAACUUAAACUGUGAUCGCAAAUCAUUUGUACAAGUCAUCCAUCAACAGUAUCUUGACGUGCUGGAACAUAAAGCGAGGGAGAUUAAAUUUGGGAAUAAAGUAGUUGAAGAAUUAGGCUGGCAGCAGUUGAACCAGUACCAAUCACGAUUGCAGAAUUUGUAUUCUUUGAGUUUAGAUCAUCAAUUGAUUUAUUGUGUGGCUAAUGAUAUGGUUGGCGAUGUGGUUGGCAAUGUUGAUGAUGAUGUGUUUCUUGGGUUACAAAAUUUGACUAAUUUGGAUCUAAGUGGUAAUUUAUUUACUCAGAUGGCUGAUAUUUGGAGUAUUGUUUCUCGUUUACCCAAUUUAAAGGUGUUGAAUAUCAAUGGAAAUCGAUUUGCUUCAUAUGAGAUAGUACACGGGAAGGAAUACCAAGCUGGGCGGCAGGAUUUAAUUCAGUCUAAUCUACAUAGAUUAAAAAUGGCAUCAACUAUGAUUCCAAUACCUCAGUUGAAUUCCAUCUUGGCCCACUUCCCUCACUUGCAAGAACUAAUCAUAUCGGGGAAUAAUUACACCAAUGAGGAUAUAAACUUGCUACAUCUUGUCAACAAUCGUAAAUUAUCCGUGUUGGAUCUAUCUUACAAUAACUUGGCCACAAUCCCCACUGGUCUUCCAUCAUCAAUACAGACAUUAAACGUGUCCCACUGUCAAAUCAAAUCAGUGAGCAACACGACCGAGCCAAUCGACAUGAUUAAAUCACUUGAUGUUCGAUAUAAUAAAUUAUCAACUUGGUUAGAUAUAGAUAAUUUAUCACAAGUGUUUCCUCACUUGGUUGAUUUACGCAUCAAUCAUAAUCCCAUACUAGAUAGUUUAUCCAUUGAUGAAAUGACAUGUCAGUUAAUAGGAAGAUUUGAAUGUGCGAUGACAACAACAAUGGAUAACAAACUGAUUAUGUUAAAUGGGUCUAACUUGACUGCAUCUGAGAUUGAAAAUGGUGAAUUAUAUUUUAUAUCCAAAGUCCAAUCGGGCCAAUAUGAAGUGAAUAAUUCAAUGCGAUGGAACAACUUGUUACACAAGUAUGAUAAAACUGAUACUGACAAGAAAGAGCUUGUUUCAAGUUCUACUCAACCUAAAAGAUGGAUCAACUUGAAAUUGAAAAUAUGUUGCAACAAGGUAAAAGACGAAAAGGCUAUAGGACAACAACAAGAGGAAGGAUCCAACACUGCUAACUUCCAUUCUCAAUCUACAAUGUUAUCAAAUCAUAAAUUCCUAAAAACAACAUCAAUAUUGAAAUUUAAAGGACUAAUCUCAAGAUUAUAUUUAUCAAACUUAUCGAUUUUACAAUUUACCAUCUAUUACUUCAUAAAUGAAGAUUCCAAUUUUGCUACUCGUUAUACAUUAGAUGAAAAUUGGUUGAGUUGUCUAAAUGAUUAUUCAUUGAAUGAUAAUCAAAAUAUUUAUAUUGAUAUCGUUACGCCUAACAUAGAUAUAUAA